AUGAGCACUAGCCAUUCCGACAUCUUACCAAGUCAUAUAACCCAUGAUAUUUCCAAUAUUCGUUUAAAUAAACCACAAUUACGAAUUUGUUGUAUUGGUGCUGGAUAUGUUGGAGGUCCAACUUGUGCAAUAAUUGCUAGUAAAUGUCCUAAUAUUCAAGUAACUGUAGUUGAUAUAAGUUCUGAACGUAUAGCUGGUUGGAAUUCCGAUGCUCUACCAAUAUUUGAACCAGGAUUAGAUGAAAUUGUUCGAAAAAUUCGUAAUAGAAAUUUAUUUUUCUCAACUGAUAUAGAAAAAUCAAUACAAGAAGCUGAUCUAAUUUUUAUUAGUGUUCAUACACCUACAAAAUCUUAUGGUUUCGGUACUGGACGAGCUGCUGAUUUACGAUAUGUUGAAGAAGCUGCUCGACAAAUCGCUCAUAUAUCCAAAACAGAUAAAAUUGUUGUUGAAAAAUCUACAGUGCCGGUAAAAGCAUGUGAAUCAAUAAAAACAAUAUUGAAAACUAAUAAACAUCGUGGUGUUAAUUAUCAAGUUCUUUCUAAUCCAGAAUUUCUAGCUGAAGGUUCAGCUAUUCAUGAUCUAUUAGCACCGGAUCGUGUUUUAAUUGGUGGUGAUGAAACUGUUGAAGGUUCAUUAGCAAUUAAAAAACUUUCAUGGAUCUAUGAACAUUGGGUACCAAAAGAAAAAAUUCUUACAACAAAUACAUGGUCAUCAGAAUUAUCGAAAUUAGUAGCUAAUGCAUUUUUAGCACAACGUAUAUCAAGUAUUAAUACAAUAUCAGCAGUUUGUGAAGCAACAGGUGCAUCUGUAAGUGAAGUCGCAAAAGCUGUUGGACUUGAUUCACGUAUUGGAAAUAAAUUUCUUAAUGCUAGUAUAGGUUUUGGUGGUAGUUGUUUUCAAAAAGAUAUCUAUAAUUUAAUUUAUUUGGCUGAAUCAUUAAAACUUGAACCAGUUGCACAAUAUUGGCUACAAGUUAUUAAAAUUAAUGAUUGGCAACGUGAACGUUUUGCACAAAUGAUUGUUCAGAAUUUAUUUGGAAGUGUUAGUGGGAAAAAAAUAGCUAUUUUUGGUUUUGCUUUUAAAAAAGAUACUGCGGAUACUCGAGAAUCAUCGAGUAUUUAUGUGUGUCGAUAUUUAAUAGAUGAAGGUGCAUCAUUACAUAUUUAUGAUCCAAAAGUAUCAUCAGAUAGAAUUUAUCUUGAUUUAUCGGAACAAACGGGUUCAACUGAAAGAGAUUUAAAUGAUCAUGUUCAAAUUGCGAAUGAACCAUAUGAAGCAGCGAAAGAUUCUCAUGCAAUUGUUGUUUGUACUGAAUGGGAUGAAUUUGCAAAAUUAGAUUAUGAAUUAAUCUAUAGUACAAUGCAAAAACCAUCGUUUAUAUUCGAUGGACGACUUGUACUUGAUCAUGAUCAUUUAAUGAGUAUUGGUUUUAAUGUAUUUUGUAUUGGAAAAAAACCACCGAAAAAUCAAUUUACAAAUCAAAGUCCACUGUGA